AAAACCAUCUCUUCCUCCAAAUCAUGUGGAGAACUACCGACCUAUCUCUCUCCUCCCUUUUCUGUCCAAAAUCAUUGAAAGGGUGGCUUUCAAGCAGAUCAAAGAAUACCUCUCACAAAACUGUCUGCUUGACCCUUACCAAUCUGGGUUCAAAAUGGGCCACUCCACUGAAACUGCUCUGUUAGCAGUGACUGAAUCCUUAAAAGAAGCUAGAGUGACAGGAAAAUCGUCAGUGCUUAUCCUGCUCGACUUAUCGGCUGCAUUUGACACUGUCAACCAUGGCUUCCUUUUGUCCACACUCUCUAGCAUGGGCAUCACAGAGAAAGCACACGCCUGGUUUGAAUCAUACCUCACAGGGCAAUCAUUCAGUGUAUCUUGGCUUGGACAAUCCUCUACCAUGCACCAUCUUGCCACAGGAGUCCCCCAGGGCUCUGUACUAGGACCUCUUCUCUUUGCCAUAUACACCACCUCACUGGGUGAGAUCAUUCGAUCACAUGGCUUCUCCUACCACUGCUAUGCAGACGACACCCAGCUCUAUCUGUCAAUUCCACCGGACGACCACACUGUCUCUGCAUGAAUAUCAAACUGUCUCUCUGACUUAUCAAAAUGGAUGAAAUCCCACCAUCUCCACUCAACCUCUCUAAAACUGAACUACUUGUCAUCCCAGCAAAACCAUCCAUACAGCACAAUAUCUCAUUCCAAAAUGACUUCCUAUCUCUGGCUCCUUCAAAGGUAGUUCGAAAUCUGGGUGUUGUGAUUGAUGAACACCUGACCUUUAAAGAUCAUGUUGCCUCCGUUGCUCGUUCAUGCCGCUUUGUGCUGUAUAACAUACAAAAGAUCAGACCAUACCUAACACAACAUGCCACCCAGCUCCUGGUGCAAUCUACUGUCAUCUCCCGCCUCGAUUACUGCAAUGCCCUUCUAACUGGUCUUCCAGCCUGUACUGUGAGACCUCUUCAAAUAGUCCAGAACGCAGCGGCGCAUCUGGUCUUCAAUCAGCCAAAAAGAGCACACGUCACCCCUCUGCUCAUUGAGCUCCACUGGCUACCGCUAGCAGCACGUAUCAAAUUCAAAUUGCUAACACUAGCAUACAAAGUCCGAGAUGGUAUGGCUCCCGUCUACCUGAAUCCUCUUGCAAAGGCUUACGUCUCGGCCCGGCCGCUCCGGUCAUCACAGGAUUGUCGGCUAGCAGUGCCUACCCCACGCUCAGGACAAUCCAGACUUUUCUCAUGCAUCGUUCCACAAAUGUGGAAUGACCUUCCAAGCACUUCUAGAACCGCGCCUUCCUUUUCAAUUUUCAAGAAACUCCUGAAGACCCUGCUCUUCAGAGAGCAUCUUCUUAACUAGCACCUUGCCUGCACCCGUCCCCCCUCUCUACCGUCCACACCUUGCUCCCUACUUUCCAUGACUGAUGUCAAUGUUAUUGUUGUUAUUGUUGUUGUAAGCCUCAAGGGCAAUAUGCCGAUUAUCACUUGUAAGUUGCUUUGGACAAAAACGUCUGCUAAAUACAUAAACAUAAACAUAUGCAGGUAGCGGCGCUGCGGCUGCUUUAUAUAGCGACUAGUUGCAUUCUCCCUCAACCCAAAUCCUCGGAUCACGUAUUUUAGCUAAAACGCUAACGUUAGCUUGCCUUGCGUUGACUGUAGAGUUGUGGGUGAUGGUCCCGCAGAUGUGUCAUGAGAUUUGAAGCGUCGCUGCCUUUCACAGACACUUUUUCUGCACGUGCUGCAAACAGGAUAGCAGUCUUCUAUCAACUGUCCCUCGGCAUUCUUCAAAUAUCUAAAAAAUGCCCAUACUUCCGACUUUGUCUUCUUUGAGGGAUAAAAAUGUCCACCUGAGCACUGCCGUCUCCUCCUUUGGCCAUUAUUUCAGCUUUAACUUCAAGAAAGUUUUGGUUGUAAACAACAAAGCGCGCAUGUGCCGCCAGCAACUUCAGCAGAUGAUACGGUGGCUGGUAAGGGUCACCGCGCCUACACCGCAGCCACGGUAAACCCACCGAGAUAAUAUAGUUUUUUUAAAAACAAGACGGUUAUUAUUAUUGUCAACUUUUUUACUGGGGUAUAUCACUACACCGGUUACCGUGACAACCCUAUAUGAAUGCAUACAAUUUUUAUAGCCACUUUUACCAUCUGACUUUUUUGUCCUCUAAGGUCACAAGAGUAUAGUAAAUUAAAGGGACACCUUAGGGUUAAACCCAAUUGAGUAUCUCAAGGCAGACCUAAAAAUCGCUGUCCAACAAUAUUUACCAUCCAACCUGACAGAAAUGGAGAGGAUCCGCAAGGAAGAAUGUCAGAGGAUCCUCAAAUCCAUGUGUGAGAAACUUGUUGCAUCUACCAAGAAGACUCAUGGCUGUAUUAGCUCAAAAGUGUGCUUCUACUAAAUACUGAGCAAAGGGUCUGAAUACUUAGGACCAUGUGAUAUUUCAGUUUUUCUUUUGUAAUAAAUCUUACAUUUCUAAAAUUCUGUGAUUUUCUGUCAAUAAGUGUGUCUGCAAUUUAACAAAGAGUGAAAAAUGGACUGAGGUCUGGAUACUUUUUGUACCUACUAUGAGUUGAAUAUUGGACAGUAUCAAUCAUCAGCUGAUUAUUUGGUGAAUUUCUAAAAAAUACUUUACGGAAAAUGUUUCAGGUCAUGUUUUUCCUCAGCUAUCAUGAAACCAACACCUUGAGGUUAGUGGGUCUCUCCAGAAACAGGCAGAAAAACACUCAAAAGACAAAUAGGAAGUGGUGCUGCACUCUGUAGGAGCCCAUCUUAUGUCUGCUAAGCUUCAGCUAAUUGGCUCACAGAAAGCUGCAGAAGGCUGAAGCUGCUUGUUUA